ACCAAACCGGUGGGGGGGGUGGAGCAAACAAAGGUGUGGCUGCUCCUCAGGUAAAGGACUAAUAGAGUGCUAUGGUUACAUGAAGCAGGAACCAGACUGGGAGAACACUCCUCAAUGAUCUUCGUCGCUCCAGUUUGUGGUAGCAGGCAGGUGAAGAGUCACUCUUACCUGCAACUGAAAGCCAAGUCCUGUCAUGAAUUUUUCAGUGGAGAAACAUCCUGUAACUUUUUCUCUGCUACAUAUCUGAAAGGACGACAGCCUGCGUCUGCGGACGGGAGGACGUCGACAUGCUGGAGGGUGGCUUUGAGAAGGGAGGACAGAGCCAGGUGAUGGUGGAUGUUGGGAAACUGCCGGAGAGCAGGCGGUGGUGUGGUUGGUCUCGGCGCCACUGCCUCUUCUUCAUCCUGGUGUUGGGCGCAGUUCUGUUCUUAUACAACACAAACAUAAAGGAAAUGUCGCCCAAAUGGAACCAUAAAUGGUGGACGCAAUACAUUCCUUUUAAAAGCCACCAACAAAAUGUGGUCCAUCAGAGCACCGGCCCUCCUGGACCUGGACCUGGACCUGAACCGGAGACCACUGUGACCAACUCAUCUGGGCUCCCUCGUACUGAGAACGCCACAUCAACCGAUGUGACAGACCUGAGCGCUGCUCCGCCGCGACAGACUGUGAAGGUGCAUCAGCAGAAAACUGAGCCACCAACGCCGGUUCCUUAUGUGUCUCCGGGGCCGUACUUAGUGGAAUACCCCUACGAGUACGGCUUCAUUAUAAAUGAACCAAAGAAAUGUGAGGAGCAGAAGCCGUUCCUGGUUCUGAUGGUCCCUGUGGCGCCCCACAACAGGGCACAUCGUGACAUCAUCCGCAGCACCUGGGGAGGCGAGAGCUCGGUACAGGGCAAAGUGGUGAAGCUGUUCUUCCUGCUGGGGCUGCCGGCCGGAGAGGGAGCAGAGCGGCUCCAAGGGCAGCUGCUGCAGGAGAGCAAAGAGCAUCAAGACCUGAUCCAGAGCGACUUCCUGGACUGCUACAAGAACCUGACCAUCAAAACCAUGGUGAUGCUGGAGUGGCUGGACUCCCACUGCUCCGGCGCUUCUUACGCCAUGAAGAUCGACUCAGACAUGUUUCUGAAUGUGCCCAAUCUCGUCGGCAUGCUGGUAAACGCUCCAAAGACAAACUACAUGACGGGACUCGUGGCGAGAGGCGGCGCAGUGCUGAGAGAUAGAAAGUCUAAGUGGUACGUACCUGUGGAGAUUUACUCUCACUCACAGUACCCACGUUACGCUCUGGGUCUGGGCUACGUCCUGUCUCUAGACCUCCCUAAAAAGCUGGUGGAGGCAUCCAGACACGUUAAAGCUCUUUACAUUGAAGACGUGUAUUUGGGGUUGUGUAUGGAGUACUUGGGCAUCCCUCCCACCGACCCCCCGAGCUGGGGUUACUUUAACGUCUUUCCUGUGUCAUACAGCCGCUGCGGGUACUCCAGGCUAAUAGCCACCACAACGAAUGAAAACACUGAUCGGUUGGGCAACUGGAAAGACUUUAAAAGACCUGGCCCGUACUGCUGAUCUGUGAAGAGAUAAGAGUAAUAUAUUGAUAAGCAGGACUGGAUUCUCUCAGCUCAUUUUUGUGAAAUUCAAUCCGUUCUUUCUGUGGUUUACAUGUGAAUUAUCUCUCUGUAUGAUAAAUCAUGUGAUAAACUGUGUUAAACAGGUCUGGGCUCUUCUGUUACACCGAGCUCACCUUGUUGCUCUGUAGAUAAAAUCUAAAGCUGAAGACUUCCUCGAAACCCACAAAAGGCUGUCAGCUGCAGGGUUGAUCAAAGUAAACAUAUGAAGGAAAACACACACACAAAGAAAAGUUUCAACACAGUCGUAAUGUUUGAUAUAAGAAGAUACAAAAGGUUGUUAAGCAAAAAUGUUAAUGUUUAAAAGAGUUAAUAUUUGACCUUGGAGGGUGAAGCAGUUUGCUUAAGAGAAAUAAAACCUUUAAAGUGUGUUAGUCACAUGUUACAGGCACAAAUAUUCUAACUUGAACUACAAUGAGCUGUGCCAAUCAUGAGUCCUUCCAGGGUUUUCUUGGGCACGGGGCCUCGCUCUUCCUCGUACAACCUGUUACGACAUGUCACCGCAUUCAGGUGCAUUGUUGCUCCAUGCGACAAGCGAGACUGGAGAGCGACUUACAUGCGUGAUGUUAGAAUUAGAAGGGGAGAGAGAGAGAGAGAGAGAGAGAGCGACGCCUCAUCUCUGUUGAGUAUUUAAACAUUGUGACCCUUACUAACAGGAACAGGCGCGAACGCUUCGGCUGCAGCCGGAAGUCUCCUGUUGUUGGUACGAAGGGUUUUUGUUUGUUGUCAGACAGACACGUUUCAGCUUGUGUCCUCGCUGCUUUCACAGAGCCACAGGUUCAACCCCGGCUGUACACAUUAGUGCUCGUGGGAAAUUACAGGUGAAAUACAGGUUUUACAAGCCCCCCCCUUUUUAAAAAUAUCUGUUUACACUUAAGGAUACAAAACAUGUGCUUAAAGGUUAUUAUAUAUAUUAUAUAUAUAUAUAUAUAUAUAUAUAUAUAUAUAUAUUUAUAUAUAUUUAUAUUUAUAUAUUUAUAGGAAAUUCACCACAGAGCAAAACAGUGGGACAGAAAUAAAAGUAAAAACUCACCAAAACCUUCUUUGUUAGUCUUUCCAACAAUCACCAACUCUGGUUUUGGUUGAAAUAAACACUUAAUUCACAGAGUUUGAUCAGAAUAUGUUUGUAAAAAGGGCUGUAAUGGCUGCAACGUAAGCUAACGUUAAUCCUCAGGGACAUUUUGUCAAAUUAAAUAUUUAAGUCAGGAUUAAGAAGAUAAAAACUCCAGUUUUAGUCAACUUUCUCCUUUCCUGACUUAGACAUAUUGUUAUAUUAUAUUAUAUAUAAUGUUAUAUCUAAAAAGACAAGCACAUUUUAAUGUUAAUGUUACCUACCUAAGCUAAUGAUCUAGAUUAUUUUGCUAACUAGCUUUUAGAUAUAGAGCCAAACUAUUCUAACAUGACUGAAGUGGAUUAGGUAGAAUCUAACAUUAGGUAAUUUAAGAUGUGAUCAUAUAUGUGUCACUUUUAUCUUUUAACCAUCUUUAAAAUGUGGUCGUCUUUUUCAACAUAGAUUAGCUUAGCAUGUAGCAUGUCUAAGUAACCAAAAAGGGGCGGGGCUUUAAGAAACAAUUACAUCAUGAGUUUAUAUGAUUAGUUAAUGGAUGUUAAUUCACACUCACCUCAUAAAUUAGUUUACCACAAAUUAACUUGAAUCCAGUUACACCAAAAAGAGGAUUUCAGACCCAAACAUGUGACAUUUGUUUAAUACAUUUAAAUUAAAUUGUAUUAUUAUAUUUGUUUGUUGUUGUUAAGAACGGUGCACCGAAACCAGAGACACAUACUGACUCAUGCAUUAGUAAGUCUGUGCAAACUGGAGGAAUUGAGGACUAUUUUAUCAGCAUGGUGACAAAUUGUAAUUACUGUUAAUAACUGGCUCAGACUCUGCAUCAUAAAAGUGAAUUCAUCCUUUAUUUUAAUGUCUAAAGCACUUUAGAUUAGUGUUGCAGAAGCUGCUUAAUAAAUUUAAAGUCAGUCAGAUGAGGACAGAAUAAGAUCAUCUAACUCAACAUCCACCUCAGUGUUUUUAUAUCAACAGAUAUUUGUUUGAAACUGUGUAACAUGUAAGAGAUUAAUAGUUUCUAAAAGUGUUAAACACUAAUGCAGAGAGACUUCCACUUUAAUCAAAUCAGUAAUCAAUCAUUUAAUUCUGUAUCGUAUGAAUGAAUCAAUGAAUGAGUGGAUGUGGAUUUUCUUGUGUGAAAACAUCCGUUGUUAUUGUUGUGUGUGUUUCUGUGUAAUGUUUAUUUUAUUUCAGGUUAUGGGAAAGACAUAAGAUGUUGAAUAUUGUGCAGAAUAUGUAUAAAAAGUCGACACUUUAAGUAAAA